AUGGUAAGCGCAACAGCGUCACGUAAAUCGGCAGUAGUAGCGAACGGUAGCAACAACAACAUAACACCUUCGCAAAAUGUACCAACAGUCGUUCCUGCGUCUCCUGAGCAUGAGUCUACUGCCUCACAACCAACCAGUUUUUCAGCAGCAACACCUACUAAUAACGGGACUCCUUUGAAAAUGAGGAAUUAUAGGCCUAUUACACCGAAUCCACCUACAGAUUCACCAACGCAAUUGCAAGCACAGCAAAAUCAAGCACAGCAGCAGUCAUCACGUCAACAACAAUCACAACAACAGUUCUCUUCAGCACAUUCUGGUGUGUCAACUCCUCAACAACAAGGUCAGCCGAAUUCAACAGCCCAGCAGCAGAAACCUCAACAGGAUCCAAAAGUAUCACAACCUUCUGAACAGCAUCAAACAACGUUACCGCAGGUAACAAAGUCAUUACCACCACAGCAGCAACAACCGCAAAUUCAAAUUAUUGAAUUCCAUCCUCCAACUGGUAGUAGCAAUAAUCUAACGCACCAACCACCUUCAAUUUUACAGCGGCAACAGCAACAACAGCAUCAGUCUAAUUAUACCAAUUCUGAAGCUCAGCCGCCUUCACAUGUUCCCGCCCCUCUUCAUACUCGCAGUCCACCACAACAAACGCCACAGAAAACCCCACAACAACAACAACAACAACAACGACUUCAGGCACGAUUUACGACGCCUUUUACCUUCCAAGAAAAGUUACAAUUCUUAGAAACAUAUUGGCCGGAAUCUAAAGUUGCGCUUCUAAUCCAACUUCACCGUAAACAUUAUAAUGGAUUAUCGAGUGAAGAUGAGGAUAAAUCCUUAGCAGCUUGGGUUGCACUUACCAACGAAUAUAAUAGCAUUACUAACGAUCAGCGAAGCCGCUCUAGCAUCAUGUAUAAAUGGGAAAGGUUAAUGGCGAAAUAUAAUGCUGAAAGAGUCUUUGUACAGAUGCAACAGCCUACCAGUUCUCUACCUGCAGUUUCUUUCUGGAAUCACUUUCAGUAUAUGGACGAAUAUCUACAUCAUCUACCAAUUGUGACCGAACCACUAAUAUAUUCUCAUCUCGAAAAUGCCAAUAGUAACAAUAGUAAUAAUAGUGGUAACGGUGGUCAUGAAAACUAUAGAAAGAGGAGAUCAGUCUAUUUAUUUGAUGAUGAUGUGAACGACGAAGAAUUAGAUCAUAAUCUAUUGAAGCGAAGAAAAUCGACUGCAGCUAGAGUUACGACACCAGCAUUAUCUCCAUCUUCAGCACAUAUUGGCAAUAAUAUGAGUACUAGUAGUGCGCUUAUUGUGGAUUCACAGCGUAUGUUCAUGGAGCAAUUGAAAGAAAUGAAUAAAGCGCAAGUACAGAUGAUGAAGGACUUCAACGAAUACAUGCAAAAGUCUCAACUGAAGAUGAUGAGUAUGUGUGGGGGUAUAACUGAAAAAAAUAAAGUCAUGGAGGAAAAAUAUGUUCGGCUUUUGGAAAUCUUAUCUCGUAAUAUUGCAGCGACUACAGUGGACAAUAGUACCUCUUCUGAUACCAUAGCAAACGAUAUCAACGAUUUAACAGCAACUGAAAAUGAUACUCACAACAAUGCAUCAAUCAAACAGAACAAUGACGAAAUAAUCGGCACAAGUUCAGCAGCUGACUGUAGUGUUGAGUAA